UCUUUCUUCUCGAUUUGACCCUCUGCGCGCCAGCAACAAUGUCUGAUACCACGCCGAAGAAGCGUAAAGUGAUUGCGGAAGGAAGAUCUCCGAAGAAGAGAAGGACAGUGAAGACGGACAAGCCAGAGCCAGAGCCUGAAGAGGAUUGGAGAGAGUCGGUCGUCCCAGAGGAUGCAAAGAUUACAAAGACAGAUGCGCUCGAUCUCUACCGGUUGAAAGCCGAAGAUUUACGUGGUCUGCACUAUGUGCCCGACGUGAACCUUAUGGGUCUCAAAUACUAUCUCUACAAGGAAAGGGAUGUAGAGCGUAAAGCGUGGGCGAAGCACGGGGGUCCGAAAUGUUUCGAAGCAUACCUUUCAAAGCUUCAAAAAACUUUCGAAGCCAACGCUAGACAUCGAGGCAUGCUUUUCAAACGUCCAUCCUUCUAUGCCUCGAAUUUCACCGCGGGCCCCUCUCAAUCCAACGCUCCUCCAGCCCUAGAUCCUCUCUUGUCUCUCUCAGCUAAAUUCCCUCCUUGGCUUUGGACUGCCUGCACCAAUGCUCUCGACAGCCUAGAGGAUGAUCCAGAAAACGACAUUCGCUUCACCACAACUUCGCGUCAAGCCUGCUUAAAUUGCGCUCUCAAACAGCUUCCUACAUAUCCUUCCCGACCAUCUGCAACACUUGGCCUGUCUCCGACAUUGGAGCGUUUACGAUCUGUGUUGGCCGAGGCUCCUUCACGGGACAGUCCGAAGGGGAAAGACGGAUAUCCGGAGGGCUUGCGGCUCAAUGAGACGGACUAUAUUGACGGAGAAACGUUUUGGGAGUGGACGGAGAGCUACAGGGAUAGGGUAUUUGGAGCGCUUAUUGCACUCAUUGAAGAGCGGGGUGUAGGCGAGAAUGGUUGGGAAAGUGUGAGAUGGGAGGUAUACGACAAGCACAGUGAAUGCCUUGAGCCCAUUUCCUAUCAACCACCAUCUGAAGGCUACAAGUCCGGCUUAUGGAAAGACUACGCCUAUACUUGGCUUUUGGGAAAGACGCCAGCAGACCAUUCAACCACAUUUGGAGUUUGGCCAGGGCGAGCUAGUGAGGUCGGACGAAGGUACGAUGAGUUAUUGCCAGACAAUGUCGAGGAGUGGGGUGGGAGGUAUCCGAGGCUGAAGGUGGUUUAGGAGGAGUGGCCUUGUAUUGAAGUGUAUGGUGUACGAUAUGGCUCUGCUUUCCAGUUUGUAGUGGGUUAUCGUGCUCUUUGUUUACUCUCUAGGCCUUCGAGAUUCUGUACGUACAUGUUAGCAUAGUCAUGAAUAUAUAUAGUGCCGAG